GACUUAGGCUAUAAGAGCUAUAAAGACGCAUUACACGAGAUACUGCUAUAGACAUCACCGUAACAUGUCUGCCCCUCACUUGGCAGCCUUUGCGGCUGGGGUCCUCUCCUAUGGCCUCUACUUUCACCGUGGAGAACAUCACCUCCGAAUCACUCUCUACAUUCAGAUCCUGGCCGCCACGCUACUGUCUGUAGCAGUCUUCCUUCAAUGCCAAUCACAUCUAGACUUUCUCACAGCUUUAACCCAAGCCGCCCGCACCGAGGGCAUCUUUCUCGCCGGUUUCUACGCCACCACGUUCUUCUACCGUCUCUUCCUCCACCCCCUCAACGCAUUCCCCGGUCCUUUCGGCUGUAAGAUCACCAGUCUCUUCCUCCCCUUCAUCUACCGACACAGCGAUGGAUUCCGACAGCUACAGGCAUUACACGAUCAGCACGGCCCCUUUGUCCGGCUCCGACCAGACUAUCUCUCGAUCGCACAUCCCAAAGCCGUGAAUGCGAUCUAUGGCCCAGGCUCCAAAUGUACCAAAGCCGCCUGGUACGACCUGACCCAUCCCAUGGUCUCUCUGCAGACCUUGCGCAACAAGAAAGCUCAUGACGAGCGACGCCGCGUGUGGAGUGUCGCGUUUGGCGACAAGGCCCUGCGCGGGUACGAGCAGCGAUUACGCGGAUACCGCAAUGAAUUGAUGGCACACUUCAGUGCCCAGGCAGCUGCUAGCCAACCCGUCAAUGUCACCAAGUGGUUCAAUCUGUAUAACUUUGACUUUAUGGGCGACCUCGCGUUUGGCAAGUCGUUCAAUAUGCUCGAAACUAGUCAGGACCACUGGGCGAUCCAGUUGCUGAAGGAGGCGAUGAUGCCCCUCGGGUUUGCCUUUCCCACGUGGUUCUUUCGACUGCUCAUGUCCUUGCCCGUGGUGUCAAGGGAUUGGUGGCGGCUCAUUGACUUUUGUGCGCAGCGGAUGGAUGAACGAAUGAAGACGCCCGUGGAGAUUCCAGAUAUCACGUCCGCGCUGGUCGCGCCGCUAAAAGGCCAGCCGCCUACCCAGCAACAACGACAGAUGCUACGAGGCGAUGCGCAAUUGAUUGUGGUAGCGGGCAGCGACACGACGGCCACCACCCUCUCCGCGGUUGUCUACCAACUGGCCCAACAUCCCGACCAGGUGCAGCGACUCCGCGAGGAACUCGCCCCGUACAUGACCGAUCCGUCCGGAGAGGUCUUGCAUGAGAAGAUCGCCCAUCUCCCCCAUCUCAACGCCAUCAUCAACGAGACCCUCCGUCUCCACCCGCCGGUUGCAGCAUCGCUGCAACGCAAAACUCCCCCGGAAGGCAUCACCAUCGAUGGAGUCUACAUCCCGGGCAAUAUGACGGUGAUGUGUCCCCAGAACGUGUUGGGGCGGAGCCACGACGCUUAUGAGCGCCCGACCGAAUUCCUCCCCGAGCGCUGGUAUUUGCACCCGGACCUGGUCAGGGAGAAGACUGCCUUUGCUCCGUUUUCUGCCGGCCCCUAUGGAUGUAUUGGCAAGCCGCUGGCGCUGCUGAACGUUCGCACCACGCUAGCCCGACUGGUCACGACGUUCGACUUUGAGUAUGCUCCAGGCGAGGAUGGGAUCGGAUUCGAGGGCAAGGCCAAAGAUAGCUUCACGAUGGGGUACGGGGACUUGGAGAUUUUGUUCCGCCAGCGAUGAUGAGGAGCUCGGGGUUAAGGGUGAUCCAUCAUUAGUGUAAUUAG